AUGAAAAAAAAAAAUUCAAAAGAUGGAAAAGUACCCAAGGGAAAAACAAAUAAGAAGAAUAAAAAAUAUGAUGAUAAGGGUAUGAUAACAAAUAAAAAAAUGAAUUCUAAAAAAGAAAAACAUGGGAAGAACAUAAUUGAAAAUAUGCAUGAUCCACUGAAUGAUAAUAAAAAUGAACGUAUUCAUAAAAAAAGGGAAGCUAUCCAUGAGGAUGUUAUACCUAAAAAAAUUAUAGAUACAUAUAGAAAUAAUAGAAACCAAAAUAUGAACAACAAUGUUAAAAAGGAAAAUGUAAGAAGCUGCUUAUCUUGUUUCUGUUGCGGAUGGGAUGCAGAAGAUGAAGCAGUGAAUGAAUUUCUUUUAGAAGAAGAAAAGGAAAAAUUAAAAUUGUUGGAGGAAGAAAGGAAAAGAUUAAAAUUGUUGGAAGAGGAAGAAGAAAAGGAAAGAUUAAAAUUGUUGGAGGAAGAAAAGGAAAGAUUAAAAUUGUUGGAAGAGGAAGAAGAAAAAGAAAGGGAAAGAUUAAAAUUGUUGGAAGAAGAAAAUAGAGAGGAACAAAAAAUUGAUGAAAUUAAAGAACCAUCAAAAGAUAUUAUAUUUAUAAAGAAAGAAAUCAAGCCAAAGUUUCCUUUAAAAAAGAAAGCUAAACUAAAUUUCAUAGGAGCAGCAUCAGCACCCAAUCCUCCGAACGAAGCAAGUUGUAUUGGACCUCCUCCUGAAGUGAAAGAAACAAUUAUUAAUGUAAAAGAAGGUAUAUAUCUUAUUUAUAAUGAAGAAAAUAAUGGACAAUUAGAAGUACAUUAUUCAAAAAGUGGAAAAAAAGGACGUGGUGUAAUUGCAUAUAUAAUGUCAGAUAGUAUCCCUGAUUUUUAUUUUGAUAAAAAUAAAGGGAAAGAAAUAAUUUUCAAAGAAGUUUCUAAAAAAAUGCAAAGUGUUUAUAUAAGUGAUCUUAAACCAUAUUAUGAAUGCUAUAUUGAAUUUAUGAAAAUGAAAAAAACAUAUAACGGGGUUUUAUAUUUUCUUCCUGCCUUUAAUGAACAGCCUCCACCCAGCUUGGACAUUGGUUUUUUCGAUAUUAAGGAAAAGAAGUUAAACUAUGUAGAAAUAGAAAAACCAGUAGAGUUUACAGGAAAUUAUCUCUUUGUAAUUCAGAAAGGUCUGGAUAUAUUCAAAAAAGAAAUAAAUGUUGAGGAACUUUUAUCUUACCUGAAGAGUUACGGAUCAUUAUUAAGUUUGUCCUGA